GCCAAAUGAUUUCACUUUGCCGUAUGCUCCAUGGAUCGCUAUAACCUUCUUGAACCUCAACAGCCUAACACCUCCCAUCCCAUGUACUAAAGCACCAUUUAGUUUUACACACCAAGACUUGUCACUCAAAUAGAAUCAAUCUGUCUGCCUUGUGAUACAUGUAUACAUCCAGUCCAUUCAUCCAGCGCCUCACCAGCACGAUGUUUUAUUUCAUAAAUUUCUUCUUUUCAACCAAAAUGGCUUUUCUAUCUCCACCAAAACAUCGGAAUCCCAAGGUGGCGAAUAGCAACUCUGCUGCGGAAGGCGGCAAGGGAAGAGCACUGCUGGAAUUCCCGAACCCACGUGCAAAAUCCAAAACCCCAGGUGGUAUUCCGGAUGCUACUGGAAAGCUGGCGUCAGCUGCAUGGUUGAGUAAUGGGAGGAAGCCGACCAAGUUGUUAAUGAAUGUGAACCUGCAGAGUAGUUUGGGGCCAGUGCAGGUGGUGAUGUCGCAGGAAGACAGCGUUGGGGAUUUGAUAAAGGCGGUUGUGGAUAUAUAUACGAGAGAGAAGAGGCGGCCCUUGUUGACAAGUAGUGAUCAUCGGAUUUAUGAGCUUCAUUACUCGCAGUUUUGUCUGGAAGGAUUGAAACCAGAGGAGAAGCUGAAGAAUUUGGGAUCGCGAAAUUUCUUUCUCUGUCAAAGACCUAGCCAUGCUGUGAUCAGCAUCAGUUCCUCUUGUUCGAACCAGGCUAAGGGAGGGACUCCAUUUCCAUUGACAAAGCUCAUGGAUUUCUUACUAUAGUUCUUAGUAUUUCCCAGCGUUAAAUUGUCUACAAAACAAGAACGAAGAACUUGAAAAUUUCAAUCUCUAUCAAGCGAAUAAAAUUUGCUAGAUGUAAAUGGUUGCUGUCUAGCUACAUAUCUUUUAUUAACC